CAACCUUCCGCUGCAUUCGCUGGGUUACGGCGCCGAGGCUUCGAGGCUUGCGAGGGUUUUGGAGGAGGUUGAGGGCUUUGCUUGUGUUUGCUGAGGUUUUGAGAGUGUUUCUGAGAGUAUUUGCGCUGUUCGGGGCGCUGUGAUGGCUCUUUGCCAUCGGUGAAGGGGUGUUUGUCUCCCCAGGAGGCCAUGCUUGCAAUGCAAGAAUCAAUGCGGAUUUCGACAUGAACCUGUUUAGGAUUUUGGAAAUGAGAAAAGGAAAAGAAUGAGAAGAAGCAACAACGCGGUCGCGAUUCGAUCGCGACCUCCGGGCUUUGGUGUUCUUUCUGCCCGCCUGUUCGUGGGUUUUGGAGUUAUGAGCCCAGCGCUACCCUGCUAGACAGACCGCGGGGAGGAUGUCCUACUCCUCCUAUCCCGACGAGUUGCUGGACUCGCCGGACCACCUGAGGACGCGGAGCUACUCGCCGCGCAGAACUUCCAAUGCGGACCGGGCCGCGGGGGAGCAUCUGCUGCGGAGCGAGGGCCUGAACUUGGCGACCGGUGUCAUGCAGGCCACAGGCAUGGGGUUUCGGGCCGUUGCGGGUGAGGUCGCGCGGACGCAGAACAUCACCGAGGGCGCGGUGACCAACCUGGAGCAGCGCCUGCUGGCGAUGGAGCAGACUAACCAAAACCUGGCGGCGCGCAAUGCGGAGCUGGAGCGACUUCUGGCAGGCGGGGCAGCCUUUGCGGGGCCUACGGUCGCGGGGAUAGCAUCGGCGCCGGGGCCGAGUUUUGCCUACACCGGGAUGGACACCAAUGGGACAGCCGCCGAUACGCAGAUGGUCGCUGCGGGUGCGGAAGUUACUUCUGCGGGCGGGCACAGCUUCCAGUCCGUUGCAUCUCCGCAACAGCAGCCUGCGGCAGGAGGGUCAAGACUUGCGGCAGGGGCGGGGCCUUCGUCGCCUCUGCAGGAGAAAAUCCACCAGGACAUCGGCAAGGGCGUGCAGUUCAGCUUGAGCAAGCGGAGCACAGUGGCCACGGAGUGGCGCAGCAUCGAGUGGAUCAUGAACCGCGCCGGGGUGACUAGCCGGCGGACCUUCUGGCAAGCGCUUUCCGGGCUGCUUUGCGGGCUCGGGUUGGAGAUGUGGAGCGGGAUCGACGAGGACCACGCCGCGACAACGGGCGUGGAGGCCCAGGCCUGCGUCGACCUCUUGCUGCAGCGCAUCAACAAAAAGUUUAGCAUCAACCUGGCGCGCGGGGCGCAGGACCUCGACUACCUUUGCGCUAGCUUGCUGGAGCGGGUUGGCGGUCGCUGGGUCGAGAACCAUGCGGCGGUGUACUACGUCACGGAGCGGAUCCGGAACCUGGUGAACAGCGCCAGCAAGCGGACGACCAUCCACUGGUCGCUGCAGGACAGCAAGAACAGCGCGGGGGAGACCCGUCGUUUUUUCAGAAUGAUGGCAACGUGGUCGGGGCAGAAGGCUUGCGACUGGCUUAGCCACCACACCAGCGACGCUACGACCUUCGGCGACUACCUGGACGCGCUGGACGACUACGCGCGGAAACGGUUGGAGGAGCCGAAGACGGUCGGAGAGCAGGACGACGCUGCGGACAAGUUCACGCGGUUCCUGGCGUCGGGGGAGAGCAACAGGGACCCUGUGUACGCUUUCACUGGUACGGGCGCGGGCGACGACUUGCGCAACACCGGCGUGAACCGGGACCCCAGCGCGAUGAUCCCGCUGUGCGGGUGGUGCGGGAAGGAGCACUCCAACCCGGAGAAGUGCUUCUUCGGCCCGGCUUACGAGUUCGGGACCUCUGCGGAGGCACAGAAGGUCAUCGCAGAGAGAAAGAUGUCCAUCGUGCAGGACAAGGCAUUUUUGCGAAAGAAGAUGCUGGAGGUCUCAGCGGCAGGCGCGGGCAGUAAUGCCACGGUCGGGAAGUUCGGCCGCAAGCCGGGCGACUGGGAUUGCUCCGUGUGCGGGUUCGUCAACUUCAAGUCGCGCAAGUCCUGCCUGCGGUGCGAGCAGAAGGCAGGCCGGGCAACGGGCGGAGGCGGGAAGGGAACUGGCAAGACGGGCUACAACCUUUCGGGGCCGACAAUUCCGUCCGGAAGCGCGAACCAGAUCGACCCAGCCCAUUCCGGCGUCCCUACCGGGGGAGCGCAGCAGCAGCUGCAGCAGCAGUUGAUGCCGCAGUGCAGUGACCUGUCUUGCGGGAACCAGCAGUACGGAUUUCCGAUGCAGCCGGCGGGCUACGCGCAGCUGCAGAUGCCGACGGGACCGACGGGCGCGCAGGGAAACUCGCAGUUUGGCGGCAUCGUGCCGGCUGCGAUUGGUCCGCGGGGCAACACCGCGGUACCGGGCUACAACAGUCUCGCUGCGGGCGGGGUGAUGCAAACUGCGGGGCCGAGUGUUCCUCCUUCGCUGGCGCGACAGGUUGUGCAGCAGCAACCAGUGAUGCCCCCCACCAGCAGUCUUAUCCACCCUUCCAUGCAAACCGGACGACCGACUAUGCAAAACCAGCAGCCGGGAUUUCACUACUUCGGGCCGGCGGUUUGUCGAUCCGGGAACAGCAACAGUGCGGGACCGAUCUACUGCGGCGGGAAGGUGAUCCAGGAUGCGGGGGAGGUGCGGCGCAUCAGUCAGAUGCUGGACAUGCAGGCGGCGAAGAGUAGUUUUUGCACUGGCUACAAUGCAGUGCUUUCCGGUCCUGCUUCCUCCUCCGGAUCGAGCAGAUCUUCGGGCAAAAGCCUGGGACGGUGCAGCGAGUCUUCUUCUGGUUCCAACGGGUUUGGGUUCUUCGAGGACGCGUUGGACUCCUUCUAG